AUGCUUCUCCGCUACCCUGUGGCACCUGAAGCACCCCUUCUAUAUGCGCCGAAUUGGGAGUUGCGCAGCUCUCCAUACCAUGGACCAAAGCAUUACUAUCGACCUGGUCACUGCGACUAUAGCGUGUGCCGAGCACCAGGAUCUAUACAGUCGGAACCUAUGGAGGCAUGCUUCAACACCUUUAGCCGUUCCGACAAACUUGAAAUCUUCAUCCUCAUUUUUGCGUUAUAUCUGCUUCUCAUCACCCUGGGGGAUUCAUACGGGAAAAUAACUACUAUGGAUAUUGGCGAUCUCUUCCACUGCCCCACAGCGUGGGAUAUUAUCCUAUGGGAAGCUCGGAAAAUAGCCCGGAAAAGCAUCCGGAUACUCUACUACUUUUCCGACAACGGCAUUAUUUAUACGCGAUCUAUAUUCUUCCUUCUCGAAGAAUUGUAA